GCGAAGCGGCGGUGGCAUCUGCGCCUGCGCCCGGCAGCAACCGCCAGUUACUUCGCUUCCCCUCCCCUGCGUGCCUCCUCCUCUCCCCGCCUCCUCCACAGCCGCCUGGAGCCGGACGCCAACAUGGAGCCUGAGGAUCUUCCUUGGCCGGGCGAGCUGGAGGAGGAGGAGGAUGUGGAGGAGGAGAAAGAAGUAGAGGAGAAGACAGUGGAGGCGGUGGCGGUGGCGGAGGAGCCUGCAACCUCGGUUGAGGUCAUGACGGAGGAGGAGGAAGAGGCGGGGCGAGAAUUGGACUCAGACUCUAACUACGAGGUCCAACCCCGGGAGAGUUCGGACGAGGAGGACCGGGAGGACGAGGAGGCCAAGGCUUGGCUGCAGGCGCGCCCCGAAGUUAUCUUGCUUCCGCCCCCGCUCCCGAGGUACAGCUGCAAGCGGGGCGAGCGGACCUGCGCGGAGAAGAAAACAGAAUCUUGGCAGUGGCUUCCUCAAGAAAUAAGCUCUUCUCAAACAUUGGAUACAUCUCAGACGGGGAUUAAUGUGAAACUGAAAGGAAAUGAAAUGACAAACUUUCCCUCUCUGGAGAAAGGAGUGUUGAUUCAAUCAGAAGAUCAAGUAAAGGAACCAAGCAGAGAUCUUUUAUGUUCUCCAUUGCUAGUCAUACAGGAUAGCUUUGCUUCUCCUGAUUUGCCUUUGCUGACAUGUUUGACACAAGACCAGGAAUUUGGGCCUGAUUCCUUGUUUCAACAAAGUGAACUAGAUUUUGCACCUCUGAGAGGAAUUCCUGAUAAGUCUGAAGACAGUGAAUGGUUUUCUCGACCAUCGGAAGUUAGUGAAGCUUUAUUCCAGGCUACCUUAGAAGUACCUUCAGACUUCGUUAGCAGUUGCUUUAGUAUAUCCCAGCACUCACUUACAGGUAACCCAACUGCUGGGGCUCUGCGCUCUUUUUUAUCUUCUGAACAAGAGAAAAAUGAAGACAAUGUUUUAUCUGAUACUGUCGAUGAACUGAAAACCCCCAAAGACUAUUAUAAUUAUGAUGCUCUUUAUUCACAUAUGUCAUGGAAAACACAAAAAGAUACACAGCAGCCAGAAAACAUUUUGGCUGAUAAAGAUCAAGUUUCAGUUUCAACUUUAUCUGAUAUUAGUGAUGAAAAUGGAGUUACUAAAAGAAGUGACAGUUUUGUUGCUUCUUCCUCAAAUUUGCAGUGUUGGGAACCAGAGGCUUUACAGCGAGCAGAAGCAUGUCUAACGAAUAAAGACCCAGUUUAUUUUCCACAUGAUGCUGCUCCUCAUCAUAAUAAAAUGUCAUGUUCUUUCUUGCAGUGUUUGUUGGAAAGAAGAGGAAAGGGAGUUCCCUUGACCUCUGAUAGUCAUUAUUUUGAGAGUGAUUAUUUAAGGGUACAAGCUGAGGAUGAGUUGAAGCAAAACACAGAUUCUUUGAAGGGUUAUGAAAGAAAUGAAGGUCUACAACAAGAAUUAUGCCAACGUUUUAAACAAAAGGAGACUAAAAAUAAUUUGAUACCUUCAGAGGUACUUAGAACUUGUAUUAGGAACUUUAUAGUUCCUGAUAAUUCUGUAAAAGUUUCAGAAGUACUUAUGCUCUCCAGGGGACAUGAUCUAUCUAAGAUGGAGUCUUCUGGUGGUACUCUUCAGACAGCUAAGUCCAAUUUGAAUGAGACAUCAAAACAACUGUGUUUUCAAGAGGGAAGAAACCAAAAAACUUCUUCUAUUUUUGGUGAGGAAAAUGUUGAUGCUACUGAAAAUGUAGCCUUUGAGGCAGUUAUUGCUUCUAUUGAGCCUUCCAAGAAAGAGAGUACAGUAAGUGAAAUCCAAACUGACAUCAGUAAAUCUUUAAAAGAUGAAAAUCAUGAGAGAGAACCAGAAAAUCCAGAUCUUUCCCCAUUAAAUUGUUAUAAUGAUGAAAGCUCAUUCUUUGAUAAGCUUAAGCAUCCAAACUAUCAGUCUGCUCCUGGGGUGUUUGAACCAGCAGCUUCAGAACCUUUGUUGCAUGUUGAAGAUUAUGAUGCUAGUUUCUUAUUUUGCUAUCCAAACUUAAAAUCACCCCCUAAUGCACCUCAGAAAAUGCUCAUUAAACCACUUUCUGUGAUUCCAGAGCAUAAGUCAUCUGCUUCUUUAUGUGAAAAACCUUAUAUGAGUCAGGCUGUUGUCAAAACACAGUCAGCUUUAUUUCAAUGUGAGUUAUACAAUGAACCAAUUCUUCCUGUUGGGAAGAUAAAGUCUAUUUCUACUAUUGACCUUGCAGAGAAGGUAGGCUCUUCAAACAUUAUUUACUCAAUGAAACUAUCAGCUUCAGAUUCUUUGGUUUCACAAGAUUUAAAGCAGCAAACCUUUGAAGAAGUUGCAGAUUCCUCAGACUGUAAUUUGGGUAAAGACAUAAAUUCUAGUGAUGCCAUUCAAGGCUCACCUGAAGCUGUAGGAAGCAGCUUUUCAGCAAACUUUGUGGCAUGUGAUGCAAAGCCAGAAGAUACUUUACCACUGACUGGUGACGCAUCAUUAAUUACAGUUGGCCAAGAGACCUUGCUGAAAGCUGACAGAGGCCAAGGUGAAAUUCUUUGGUCUAUGGAAGCUGAGUCCAGUUUUACUAUACAUACAGUUUUGCAAAAUGACUCCUGUUUUGUAGAGGGCCUGCAGGGGAAGGCUGAGUCUGAUGUCAUUACUCUGGACGAUGAUACUGAGUGCUGUAGCCUAGAUGAAAAAGCUGUUGUGCGCAGUGAAAGAGUUGCUGAACUACAGAGAGAGACAUGUGAUCAACAUGAUGUGACUGGUGAGUGUGUGGACUUAGCAACUUUAGAAGAUUUGCUUGAUGAUCUUUGUGACAGUUCCCAGCACUGGCAACCCACUUUGCAAGAAUCAUCUGAGGAAGAGAGCAAUUUUGAAAGGCUUGUAGGUCAUUCUAAUCUGGGCAUUAAUCAGUCUUUUUCAUCUAUACUGCCUCCAUUUAUUUCUUAUGAACCAACUAGAGAGUCAGAACAUCGUUCUUCAAAUCUCAGAAUGUUACGGUUCUCUCCUGACACUGUUUCAAAGAGUCUCAGACAUUUAUCAGGAGAUACCUCUAAAGGAGACAAAGGUGAAAUUAUUCAGUCCAAGUUGCAGUCAGGUAUUACCACUUCUGGAGAUUCAGACAUUGGAUCCCAUUUAUCCUUGUCCUCCGAGGACUUGCCUCAGCCGGCUAUAAGUUCUCAAAAAAAUACUACUGGUCAGCCCAUCGAUAUUCUUAAUCAGGAGGCCUUACCAGAUAGUCAUCAAGCUACAGCAAGUCUGAAAGUCUCGCAUAUUACUGAACUAGCUGAGCAGAAGACUGGGAUACCAUCAGAACCUCCUCCUUCCUACUCACAUGGGGAGAAGUCCAAUAUUUUGUACCACCAGAGCUUGCCAGAUGGUCAUCUAGCAGAUCAGUCACUGACAGUUUCAGUUGUGUCUGGAUCUGUUGAUCAGAAGACUGAGACAGCAACAGUCCUCUCUCCCUCCUACUCACAUAAAGAGAAACCCAAUAUUUUCUACCAGCAGGAGUUGCCAGGUAGUUAUCUAACUAAGGAUAAGGAGACUUUGAAAGUUUCGGCUCUUCCUGGAGCACCAGACCAGAAGACUGGCAUACCAACUGUAAGCUCCACUUCCUACUCAAGUAGAGAGGAACCUGGUAUUUCAUACCAACAAGAGUUGCCAGAGAGUCAUUUAACUGAAGAGACUUCACAAGUUUUAGGUGUUUCUGGGCCACCUGACCAGAAGAGUAGGACACCACAUAUAACUUCUGCUUCUUAUGUACAAAGAAAGAAGCCUAGUAGUUUAUACCAAGAAGGCUUGCCAGAUGGUCAUAUUCCUGAACAGUCAUUGAAAGUUUCAGCUGUCUCUGAAUCAGCUAAACAGAAGACUGGCAUACAAACUAUAACUUCCCCUUCCUACUCACAAAAAGAUAAGCCUGAUCUUUUCUAUCAGCAGCCUUUGCCAGACAGUCUUCUAAAUGAAGAAACUCUGAAAGUUUCAGUUGCUGACCAAAAGACUGGAAUAACUAUAGUCUCUUCUACUUCCUAUUCACAUGGAGAAAAGUCCCAUACUUUGAAUCUUCAGGCCUUGCCAGAAAGUCCUUUAACUGCGACGAACCUGAAAGAAUCUACUCUUCGUGGAUUUGCUGAUCAGAAGACUGGAAUAGUAACUGUCUCCUCUACUUCCAACUCACUUAGAGAGAAUAGUAUUUUACACCAACAAGAGUUGGUACAGAGCCAUCUAUCUGAAGAGACUCUAAAAGUUUCUUCUGCUUCUGGACCCAGUGACCCAAAAAAUGGAAUACUAACAACACACUCUGGUGGUUUUUAUUCACAGAGAGAAAAACCUGGUAUUUCCUACCAACAGACCUUGUCAGACAUUUAUACAACUAAGGAGCCUGUGAAAGCUUCAGCUGUUUACGGAUUAGCUGACCAGAAAACUGGGACACCAGCAGUAUCCUCUAUUUCCCACUCACAUAGAGAAAAGCCCAGUGUUUUCUAUGAACAAGAAUUGCCAGAUAAUCAUCCAACAGAAAAGUCUCCAGAAGAAUCUGUUGUUCCAGGACCAGCUGACCAGAAGACUAGGAUACCAGCAGUAACCUCUGUUUUAUAUUCACGCAGAGAGAAACCUAUUUCCUACCAGCCAGUUCUGUCAGGUAGUCAUUUACCUGAAGAUACUCUCAAAGUUUCAGCUGUUUCUGGACCAGCUGACCAGAUAUAUCAUAUACCAACUCUAACAUCUGCUCCCUACUCAUAUAAAGAGAAACCCAGUGUAUUCUAUCAGGACAAGUUGCUAGAUGGUAAUUUAGAAAAUGCUGUAAAAGUUUCAUCUGCUCCUGGACCGGUAGAGCAGAAGACAGGAACAUCAGCAGUGUCUUCUGCUUCCUACUCACAAAUAGAUAAGCCUGGUAUUUUUUAUAAGCAGGCCUUGUUAAAGAGUCAUCAAGCUGAAGACAUUUUGAAAGUUUCAUCUGCUCCUGGACCAGAUAACCAAAAAGGUGGCAUAUCAACUGUAACCUCUACUUCCUACUCACAUAGAAAGGACCCUGGUAUUUCCUCCCAAAAAGAGUUACCAGAAAGUUAUAUACCUAGAGAUUCCCCAAAAGUUUCAGCUUCUCCAGCUGACCAGAAGACUGGAACACCCACAGGAUCUUCAAGUUCCUACUCACUUGGAGAGAAACCCAUUAUUUUCUACCAACCUGUCUUGCUAAGUAGUCAUUUACCUGAAGAGGCUCUGAAAGUUUUAGCUGAUUCUGCAGCAGCGGAACAGAAGACUGGAACACCAGCAGUAUCUUCAGGUUCCUACGUAUUUGGAGAGAAACCUGUUAUUUUUUAUCAGCAGUCCUUGCCAGAUGUUCAUCUACCUAAAGGGAUUUUAAAAGUUUUUGCUUCUCCUGGACCAGCUGAUCUGAAGACUGAGAAAUCAACAACAGCAUUUCCUACUUUCUACUCACUGGGAGAAAAACCCAUUAUUGUCUACCAGCAGACCCUGCCAAAUAGUGAACUAACUAAAGAAGGUGUGAAAAUUCCAGUUGUUCCUAAAUCAGCUGAUCAGAAGACUGAGAUCCCACCCACUGUGACAUCUUUUUCCUACUCAGAUAGAGAGAAGAAUAUUUCUUACCAGCGGGAAUUGGCAGAUAGCCCUCUAACAGAAAAGGCUGAGAAAGUUUCACUUGGUUCUGGACCAGUUAUCCAAAAGACUGGGAUACCAACAGUACCUUCUACUUCCUACUUAUACCCAAGUGUUUCUUACGAGGAAGUGUUUCCAGAUCUUAAUGAAGAAGCUUCGAAAGUUUUAGGUGUUGUUGGAACUGAUGAAAAGAAAACUGGAAAACAAAUAGUAUCCUCUAUCCCUUACUCAAAUAGAGAGAAGCCUAGUGUUUCUUACGAGGAUGUGUUUCCAGAUGUUAAUGAAGAAGCUUUGAAAGUUUUAGGUGUUCUUGGGCCUGCCAAACAGAAAAGUGGAAUACAAAUAGUGUCCUCUACCCCUUACUCAAAUAGAGAGAAACCUCUUAUUUCUUACGAACAAGUGUUGUCAAAUGUAAAUGAAGAAGCUUUGAAGAUUUUAGAUGUUCCUGGGCCUUCUGACCAGAAGACUGGGAUAUACAUAGUGCCUUCUUCCACCUACUCACAGGGAGAACAGACCUUCAUUUCAUACCAGCCUUACCAGGAAUUACCAGAUCUUACUGAAGUAGCUUCAGAAACAGUAGAGGUUUCUGCUAAUCAGAAGCCCAGUAUACAAACAGUGUCUUCUGUUUCCUAUUCACAUGAAGAGAAGCCCAGUGUUUUUCAUCAGCAGGAGUUGCCAAAUAUUACAGAAGGUGCUGUAGAUGUUUUUGUUCAUUCUGGACCAGAUGGUCAGAAGAUUAGGGUACCAUUGACACCUUCAAGUUUCUACUCACAUAAAGAAAAGCCCAGUGUUUCCUUGCCGCAAGAGUUUCCAGACAGCUAUCUCACUGUAGAAGCUCUGAAAAUUUCACCUGUUUUUUUACCAGCAGAACAGAAGGCUGGAACACCAACAGGACCUUUUGGUUCCUCCUCUCAUGGAGUCAAGCCCGGUGGUCUAACUGAAGAGUCCCUCAAGGCUUCAGCUGUUCCCAGACUAGCUGAUCAGACAAAUAGGGUACCCACAUUACCAUCUAAUUUCUACUCAUGUGAAGAGAAACCCAAGAUUUCAACUGUAAAUAUGCCAGACGACAAGAAGAUUGAGCCACCAACAACUACCUGCAGUUCCUACUUACAGAAAGACAAGCCUAGUAUUUCACCUGUGAUUGGCCUAAAUGACCAGACAGCUCCAUUACUGACAAUUUUUCAUAGUUCAUAUUCCCAGAGAGAAAAACCUCAACAGCACUUGCCAGAUAGAGAUCAAAGUGGAGAUACUCUAAAGAUCUCAAGUGUCCCCGAACCAGCUGUGGUAAAUACUGGGAUACCAAUACCUCUCUCUGACUCUUAUUUACACAGAGAAAAAUCUAAUACUUUCCAUCUACAGGAAUUGCCAGACAGAAAUCUAACUGAAGAUGCACUGAAAUUUUCAACAGUUCCUGCACCAGCUGAUCAGAAAAUGGUGUUGCCAGGAUCUCCUCCUAGUUCCUUUUCAUACAGUGAAAAACAAAAUAUUUUCUAUCAGAAAGACAUGCCAGGUAGACAUCUAAUUAAAGAUGCCCCAAAGGUCUCAACUGGUCUUAGACAAGGUGAUCAAAUUACUGAGUUGCCAGUAGUUUCCUCUGGUACUUAUUUACCUGAUGAGAAACACAAACUUGUUUCAGAACAUGUCCAAAGGCUAAUACAUAAUUUGAAUUCCUCUGACUUCAGUUUUAGACCAAAUAAUAUGUUUUUAAAUUCUCAGGUUGAUGAUGGAGUUGUAACUAAGCCAGAAUCUAAACGUUUUGAAGAUAUUGGCUCUGAGGAAGUCCAGGAUACAGCAAACAGUUCCAAAACUCUUAAAGAAAUUCGGACACUUUUAAUGGAGGCAGAAAAUAUAGCACUGAAACGUUGUAACUUUUCUGCUCCACUCAUUCCCUUCAGAGAUGUUAAUGAUAUUUCAUUUAUACAAUCUAAGAAGGUAGUUUGCUUCAAGGAACCUUCCUCAAUUGAUGUAUCUAAUGGUGAUAUGCUACAGAGAGAGCCAUUUACAGAGGAAAACCCAAACAACAGGUACAUAGAGAAGGAUACUGGCACACAGACAAGUGUAAAAUGCCAGAGAGGCAUUGAAAAUUGGGAGUUUAUUAGUUCAACAGCAAUUAGAAAUCCUUUACAGGAAGUAGAAAGCAAAGCCAGAGUGGCAUUAGAUGAAACUUUUAGGCAAUAUGAAGUAGCUAAAUCUGUACUGAGGUCUGAACCUGAAGGUUAUAGUGGAACCAUUGGGAAUAAAAUUAUUAUCCCUAUGAUGACUUUCAUAAAAAAUGAUUUAAGUAGUGAUGCAAGUGAUGGAAAUGCUUCCUGCUCUUGGGACAGUAAUUUGCCAGAGUCUUUGGGAUCGGUUUCAGAUGUUCUUCUAAACUUCUUUCCAUAUACUUCAUCCAAAGCAAGCCUAACAGAUAGCAGGGAGGAAGAGGGUGUAUCAGAGAGCGAGGAUGGUGGUGGUAGUGUAGAUUCACUGGCUGCACAUGUAAGAAACCUUCUGCAGUGUGAAUCCUCGUUGAAUCAUGCCAAACAAAUACUGAGGAAUGCAGAGGAAGAAGAAUACCGGGUACGAACACGAGCCUGGAAUAUGAAGUAUAAUUUAGCUGAUGACCAUGGAUACUCCAUAUCAGAAUUAAAUGAAGAUGACAGAAGGAAAGUAGAAGAGAUCAAGGCAGAGUUUUUUGGUCAUCGUAGAACACCUGACUUGUCUGAGGGUUUACAGAGUCUACGGGGAGUAGGAUGCACACCUGAACCUGUAUGUGGUCACAUCAUUAUUGAAAGCCAUGAAAAAGGAUGUUUCAGUACUCUGACUGCUGAAGAGCCACAAUUGGACAGUCGCUCUUGUGUUUUUAGAUCUGCUGAACCCUCAGAAGUGAUCAGAGGACGACGGUGCCCAUCACCAUGGAGAGCCAGACACAUCAAUUUUUCUAAAUCACUAGAGCAAAACAACCCCCAUUUCAGAGUUUGGAAUUCUUUACAGUUACAAAGUCAUUCCCAGUUUCAUAACAGCAUCAGCAAAGAUCUUCGAAUGCCAUCCCGUGAAAAAACAGAGCCCUGGCUGUCAGAAUUAGUAGAACCUGCAUGUGCGGAUUUUCAUUCUUCAACACAAAUACCUACCCCUGAGCCCAUGAGACAGUUUACUACCUCCAUUACAUUUUCAUCUCACCGACAUUCUAAAUGCAUUUCAGAUUCCUCUGUUUUUAAGGUUGGUGUUACUGAAAGUAGUCAAGGUACUGGAGCAUCUGUGGGGGUAUUUAAUUCUAAUGUCACUGAAGAGCAAACUCCUCCUAGAGAUUUUAAACAGAAAACCUCUUCCCCUUCAUCACUUAAAACAUUUAAUCAUUCACCAGAUAAAGAUGUGACUGUUGCACUAGAAGGUAAUAGGCAAAGAGAAAAGUCACCUGUUGAUUUUGAGCAUUCUCAUCAAGAAGAUAAACUCUUAGAAAGAUCAGAUUUUAAAGUCAGCCCUUCUGAGCCCAGUAGCAGUGCAAAUUGUAGCAAUUUCAAGGAAGUUCAGUUUUCUGAUAACCAUACCCUCAUUAGCAUGAGCAGACCAAAUUCCACACUAGAAGUAAAAGAGAACAAUAUAACUAUAACUCCAGAUCUUCCUUCACUCAUUUUUCUUGAACAACGAGAGCUUUUCGAACAAAGUAAAGUCCCACUUUCAGAUCACCAUGUGAGAAAACACCAUUCUCCUUUUUGUCCAAAUGUUCCUUCUUGCAUUUUUCUUGAACAGCGAGAACUCUUCAAACAAAGUAAACCCCCACAUACAGAUCCUGAGAUGAGAGAAAACCAUUCUUCCUUUUCCCAUUGUCAGGAUUAUAUAGCUUCCGAUCUUCCUUCUUCCAUUUUUCUUGAACAGCAUCAAAGUAAAGCCCUAAGUGUAGAUGACCACAUGAGGAAAGACCAUUUUUCUCUUUCUCAAGGUCAGGAUUGUAUAGCAGAAAAGAACAAACAUACACCUAAAUCACACAUUUCUAAUAUAAAUGUUGAAGCUAAGUUCAAUAAUUUGAUGUCCCAGUUACCUCCUGGUCACUGUACAUUAACAGCGUCUGCAUCUGCUCCAUCUUCAAAUAAAAAAGCACUUUCCUGUGUUCGUUUCACUCUUUGCCCCAAGACUCCUUCCAAGUUGGAUAGUGGAACAUUAGAUAAAAAAUUUUAUCCAUUGGACUCUGCUUCUAAAACAAGGAUGAAUAGUGAGUUUAACUCUGAUCUACAAACUGUGUCUUCAAGUUUAUUGGAACCAGCCUCCAAAUUAUUGACCAGUAAAUCUGUAGCACAGAAUCAAGAACCUUUAGGUUUUCUAAGACUUAAAUCUCCUCUGGACUUACAAGUUGUACAGUCUCCUCUUCCAGAUAGUAAUUCUAUUGUUCAGGACUUGAAAACUGUACCUUCUCAGAAUAGCCAGAUAACAACCUCAAGGCAAAUACAAGUGAACAUUUCAGAUUUGGAAGGAUAUUCCAAACCAGAAGGGACUCUGGUAUCUGCAGAUCGUUCACUAGAACAGAGUAAGACCCAAAUUUCUGCCUUCUCUGGAAAGUUAUCAUCUGAUGCAGUCACUCAGAUAACAACAGAAAGUCCAGAAAAGACCAUGUUUUCAUCUGAGAUUUUUAUUAAUGCUGAAGAUCAUGGACCUGACGUUCUAGAGUCCACUACCAAAAAACAACAGAAACUUCCUGUUAGGUUUGCUUCCUCAUCUUCUGUGCAGCAGAUUACUUCUAAUCGUGGCACAGAUGCCCAGCCUGUGCUGUUGCCAUAUAAGCCAUCUGGUAGUCCACAGAUGUACUAUGUUCCACAGCUACAAACAGUUCCUCCAAUUCUGGAUUCCAAAUCAGACACCACCAUUGAAAGCUCACAUUCAGGAUCCAAUGAUGCUAUUGCUCCAGACUUUCCAACCCAGGUGCUAGGCACAAGAGAUGAUGACCUGCCAUCCACUGUGAACAUUAAACAUAAGGAAGGGAUCUACAGUAAGAGAGCAGUAACUAAGGCAUCCUUGUCUGUAGGGAAAAAGACCUUUCAGAAAGAUAAAUCAGAAGCUGCAGUUCAGGUAGCCAUUACUGGGGGUGAGAACCUCUCAGACAAAAACCAGAAAGAGGAUAUCUUCAGUCGAGGAGUAAUGACCAAGACUGCCUGGCCUGAAGAAAAAGAAUCCAUGCAAAAAGUCACUGCAGAUUCCAUUGAUGCUUCUCCUGCAGAGAACACAGCUCAAGUACAAGUCACAAAGACUGAAAGCAUACCAGACACUAAAGCCACUAAACAAAAUGAGAUCCAUAUUAAGGGGACUAUUCCUAAAGAAGCAUGGACAGAGGAGAAAGAAUCCUUACACAUAGAUAUUUCAGAGUCUGAAUGUCAUUCGGAAUUUGAAAAUACUACUCAUUCUGUCUUCAGGUCAGCCAAGUUUUACUUUCAUCACCCAGUGCACCUACCAAGUGAUCAAGAUACUUGCCAUGAGUCUUUGGGAAAAAGUGUUUUCAUGAGGCAAUCUUGGAAAGAUUUUUUUCAGCAUCAUUCAGACAAGCAUAAAGAACACACUUGUCUUUCUCCCCCUUAUCAAAAUGUGGACAAGACUAAUACAGAUUAUACUAGAAUAAAGAGCCUCAGCAUCAAUGUGAAUUUGGGUGACAAAAAAAUGAUACAUACUACUAAAAGUCAGGCCAUAGAUCAUCCAAAAAGUACCAUACAGAUUAGUGAUUCACAAAAGAACUAUAAGAUCACCUCAGAGCUAACAACUCAGCACACUCUGAAUUUGAAUGAACUCUGGAACAAGUACCAGGAGCGACAGAGGCAACAGAAACCUCCAGGUAUUGGUGACAGGACAGAACUGUCCUUAGUGGAACGACUUGAUCGAUUGGCGAAACUUCUUCAGAAUCCCAUCACACAUUCUCUCCAGGCCUCAGAAAGUAUGCAAGAUGAUAGCAGAAGACAGCAAGAUAUUAAGGAAUGGAAUGGUAAACAGCAACAGCCAAAACGCAAACUUCAGAAGAAGCGGUAUAAAAGCCUAGAAAAAGGGCAUAAAGACAUAGGUGAUCUUAAAAAACACAAGGUACUUUCUGGUCACCAAACUGGGGUGCCCAACCAGAUUAAAAUUGAACAGAUUAAAUUUGAUAAAUAUAUUCUACAAAGACAGCCAUGUUUUAAUUAUAUCAGUAACACUUCUUCAGAUUCUAGGCCCUCAGAGGAAAGUGGAUUGCUCACAGAUACUACUACCAACAUUCUUUCCACCACCACUUCUGUGGACUCAGAUAUAUUGACCCAAACAGAUAGAGAGGUAGCUUUGCAUGAAAGGAGUAGCUCCAUUUCCACCAUUGAUACUGCCCGAUUGAUCCAAGCUUUUGGCCAUGAAAGAGUAUGUUUGUCACCCAGACGAAUUAAAUUAUAUAGUAGCAUCACCAAUCAACAGCGGAGAUAUCUUGAGAAGCGGUGCAAGCACAACAAGAAAGCGUUCAAUACGGGACAUCCCCAAAUGACUUCUGAGCACACCAGAAGGAGACACAUCCAGGUGGCACACCACAUUUCUUCUGAUUCUGUUUCAUCUGCCAGUAGCUUAUUGAGUUUGAACUCUACUCUUUGCAAUGAGAAAAAUGGGCACAUGUUAAAUAAGGGCAUACAGGCAGGUAAUUUGGAGAUUGUGACGGGUGCCAGAAAACAUACUCGUGAUGUUGGCGUGACUUUCCCAACUCCUAGUUCCAGUGAGGCUAUAUUAGAAGAGGACAGUGAUGUGACUUCUUUGUCAGAAGAAAAAAUUGAGGAGAAACAGCUCUUUACCAGUUAUCUUGAGGAUAAAAAGUUAAGGAAGAUCAAGGCAAAUUCCUAUGAAGGAGUUUCAUGGUUUGUUCCUGUGGAAAAUGUGAAAUCUAGAUCUAAGAAGGAAAACAUGCCCAAGAUUUAUGGCCCUGCUGUCUCCUGGUUUGAACCAAUUACCAAAACCAAACCCUGGAGGAAGCCACUACGGGAACAGAACUGGCAGAGACAGCACGUGGACAGUCAGGGAUCAGUGGCUGACCGAGAUGAUGGCCAAGGCCCACCGAGGCCAUUUGUGAAAGCAACCCUACAGGAAUCACUUCAACUUCACAGGCCUGACUUUAUCUCCCGCUCUGGGGAGCGGAUAAAGCGCCUGAAGUUAAUAGUCCAGGAGAGGAAGCUGCAGAACAUGUUACAGAGUGAACGGGAUGUACUGUUCAACACCAUGCGCCCCCUGCCCAGGAGAGUCUUCCUUGCUGCCCAGAAGAAGAAGCCUAUUGGAAAGAAGGAGAUGAUUCAGAGAUCUAAACGGAUUUAUGAACAGCUUCCAGAAAUACAGAAAAAGAGAGAAGAGGAGAAGAGAAGAUCAGAAUAUAAGUCUUACCGGCUGCGAGCUCAACUGUAUAAAAAGAAAGUGACCAAUCAACUCUUGGGAAGAAAAGUACCCUGGGACUGACAUAAAAUUAUUUUUCUCAGAGUCUUGGAAUUAUAUUUUUUGAAUCUGGAAGAACACAGCCCUUAUUUUUAUGUGUCUGGUUUAAUAAAGCUUACUCUUUGUCCUUUUGUAUCCUAGAAAUAGUAACUUCUAGGGUAUGGAGCGAAGUGUUGGUUAGAAUGACUGAUAGUACAGGAACAAUCAUUUCUCCAUACAGGCCUUGCCCACUGGGUUAUAAUGACAGUAUCCCUUAAUCCUAGUCAAGAGAGAGUCCCUUUUUGUAUGUGUCUUUAUACUUUUAGAAAAUAAGUAACUUUUGAUUGACUCAUUGUAAAACAGGCAGUAGAGGGUCAUUUUCUUCCCAUCUGGAACAGGGAGUUGGGAAGUGUCUGCCUGGCAUUUCUGAACACAUUAGUGGAGGGAAAUGGUGUAGAAAGAAAUAUGACAUAUGUUUUUGUUACUUUUAUCGUUGCUGAAACAAAAUACCCAUCACCCAAAAUGAAAGUAG